CAAAAUUGUAGCAUAGUGCGCAGUCUGUGAUAAACCUAAUAAUGAGAAGGAUGGAUUAAGAAGUAUUUAAUUAUUCCCGAGGGAUUAAUAGCUCACAUUAGGAAUACCUAUUCGUUUUACCAUAAAGAUAUGGAAGGAAAACCAGAGAAAUGUUGGCCAAUGCAAAUGCCGCACACGGGGAAGAUAAAGUAUAUCUGGUAGAAAAGGUGUAGUGACUGGUGACACAAGUGACUCAAUUGAUACAAUGGACAGUCAUGAUGGGCAGCAACAUAGAUUGUCAACCGACAAUGAAAGUAAAGAUAAAUUGGCAGAUACUGGGGCCCGUCCCAAAGAAAAUAUGGCGCAAAGGGCUUCACACAUUCAAGAUCAUGAUGAACUUUUGCGUGAGCGAGCGCGACUUCAAAAGCUGGUUGAUGAGCGUCGCAAGAUGGCGGAAACACGUAGACUACAGAAAGAGAUCGAGGAGCUACGCCGGCAACUUGAUGACGUUGACAUGGCGAAUAUUGUGCAGCCAGCCGAAUUAAAGUUCAGUCCCAGAGGCGCCGACACUAUUCAGGAUCUUCGUGCUUUAGAGUCGCUUGAUAGAAAGGUUGAAGGCAUUCAAAGUGAUGAAGUGACAGGACGCCGACUUGAGAGCUUUUCAGAGGAAGAAGAUUCCGCAGUGUCAGGAGGACGUGAGCCACACACGCUCCACGCAGUUGGCAUUCAAAGUGAUGAAGUGACAGGACGCCGACUUGAGAGCUUUUCAGAGGAUGAAGAUUCCGCAGUGUCAGGAGGACGUAAGCAACAAACGUUCAACGCAGUUGGCAUUCAAAGUGAUGAAGUGACAGGACGCCGACUUGAGAGCUUUUCAGAGGAUGAAGAUUCCGCAGUGUCAGGAGGACGUAAGCAACAAACGUUCAACGCAGUUGGUACACCAAAUUGGUUACGCGGAACAAUUCCAGACAUAUCCAUCUAUAAUCGUCAAUCGAUGGAAGACGUGAUGCGGUACAUAACAAUAUACAAAAAUGAGGGAAUAAAGUACAUGCAGAGCGCACUUCAAAAGGAUUUGGAUAGUUGGAAGCAUAUGGAGUUAAAAGUGGCAUUGAUCGGCGAGGCGGGUUCUGGGAUGUCAUCCUUAAUCAAUGCUAUUCUUGGCCUGACAGCCGACGACAAUGGAGCAGCAAAAGUAGGGAGUAAAGAAACUACCAUAGAAGUUAAAAAGUAUGUUCUACCUGAACACGAAAACGUGGUAUUUUACGAUUUGCCUGGCAUAGGUACGCCAAACUUCCCGAAAGAUGAGUACUUAAAAAAAAUUGAUUUUGACAUGUAUGACUUUUUCCUGAUAGUUUCACAGAGGAGAUUCAGAGAAAACGACAAAUGGUUUGCAACAAAGAUACAAGAGAAAAACUUGCAUUUUUAUUUUGUAAGAACAUGUAUUGACCACGACAUUGAAGAUGACAAAAAAGCUCACCCACAAACGCACAAUCAUCAAAAAUUAAUAGCUGAAAUACGCGAAGAUAUAAAAAACAAUUUACUCAAAGCCGGGUUGAAUGAGGAGAAAAUACUCAUAGCACUCGUAAAUAGUCACAACAAACACGAACAUGAUUUUUCAAAUUUGAUGAAUGAAUUAAUAAAAAAUGCUCCUGACAUUAAACGGGAAGCCGCCAUAUUUGCAUUAUUUUCUCGUUCAGAUGAAAUCAUCCAAACGAAGGUUCUAGCAUUAAGACAGCGGAUAAACAGAACAGCGUUGGUUGGAUCCUUUGGUUCACUUGUGCCAAUUCCAGGAAUAGGAGGAGCAGUCGAAAUUAUGGCAAUUUACAAAGAAACCCAGUUCUAUCGAAGGCAGCUUCAAAUUGAUGACAAAAGUUUGGAAGAAUUGGCAAAAAAUAUAGGUGUGGACUUGAAAAAGUUAAGACAGAACGCAGACAUCAAGUCCAACAUAUUGUUUGCAUCAACACAAUCAUUGGUGAAAUUUCUAGCGAUAUUUUUGGCAUCAGAAGCUGAUGAAUCGGUGAUUAAAAUAUCUAUUCCAUUUUUUGGAAGUAUGAUUUCAGCAUUGAAUAGUUACCCAGUGUGCGUGAAAUGUCUAGAAAAGGUGUUGGCAGUGUGUGAGAAAGAGGCCUAUGCCUUAAACAGAGAAGUUCAAAUAUGGCAGAAAAAUGAAAUCCAGGUUUAAUGUAGUUGGAUGAACACACGUUAUAUUCAAAGUAAAUAUAUCCGUUUGUUAAAAAUGUAUAUUAUUUCUUUGAAGUGAAAUCAAUCAUGAGAACCAA